AGAACCAUUCAAAAUGCAAAGUAGUCACCGACAAAAAAACCGUCUUCCGUUAAACUUUAUUUUGCAACGGCAACAUACUUUAUCCACCAAUAUCUUGAAGAAUCUAAACUGGAAAAUCCUGAAAUCUCUCAUUACCUGGAAAGAAGGAUUUGCUCUGAAGGAAAUUAAAACUUUCCAGGGCGCCAAAAGCUGCAGAAGAAUCAUUUACAGUGAUGGUUAUCUUAUAAUUAAGGAUGUCUCUUCAUCAAACACCUUGAAAAUUUACAAUUUGAAUGGACAUGAUAGAAUACCGUUUCUGAAACAUAAAAUCUCUGACAAUGAAGAAUGGAAGGAUCGCAGUUAUGGAAUAAGUCCUGUGUUUCUUAAUUCUUCAAGCCAUAUUCCUCAUAAAGAUGGUUACAAAACAGGAUUAUACUAUAUCACUGCAAGGAAACUGCAUUUACUCACUCCUGAAAGUGGAGUUGUUGAUUUUGUAACUCUUCCUGAAGGUUAUCGGUUUUCCGAGCUUGCCGUUGAUGAUGAAACCAACACAUUAGCUGUUUCUUCAGUGAAGAAUCCCAAAGCAAAUACUUUGGUGGUCUUUGCUCUGUAUGAAUAUUAUCCUCGCCUGAAGUUUCAACAAACCUUACAGAUUCAAAAGUCUACUUUUGGGGCCUCAAUCACUGGAGCUGAAAUUAAUCAAGGAUUGCUUUUAACCUUGCACAAAUAUAACAAAGUCAAAGUCUACAGCCUUCCCACAGUUUGUCAACAGCAAGAAUUUUCCGCUUCUCCUGUACUUUUUGAAAUUCACACCUUCAACCACGUUAUGUUAAUUGGCACGACUCCUUACUAUUUAAUAAAGGCGACGCAUAUGAACUCAUUUUUUAUUCAGAACUUAGAAGACGGGAGAGCGCUAUGUUCAAUCGAAGGGAAACCAGAUUCGUUUGACCCUUAUAUUGGUUUUCAUCCUGACGCAUCUCCUCGGUUGAUCUUCACUGAUAACGGAACCCUACGGUUAUUUAACAUAAUCAAUAAAGAUGGGACGCCAUCGCUCGUUCCUGGGAGUCUUCAUGCACUUGAUGAUAUUGACGAAAGUGGGUCAAUUGACAACGUUUCUACUACUACAACCACAAGAACCGGGCGUACAGUCAAGAAACCUGCCCGCUCAUCUGUUUAUUCCCAUACAAGCGACGACGAUGAAACGACUCAAUUAACUUGGGACUAUGAAGACGAUCUCAACCUUUUGGGAGUGCUUUACGCUCGUCAAGUGAAUGAACGCAAUCCUUACUUAAAAUUAACUCUCGAUCUCGUGGAUUCGAAAAGUGGAAAGCGGCUGAGGAGGAUCGAAUUGGAUCGCAAAAUUCGAAUAGCUAAAUUUGAUAACCCCGAAAUAUAUCUGCGACUAGACGCUGAUCAGUGCCUCAUUUCUAUCUCAUGUGGCAGUUCAACAUCUAUUCUUGCAUUCCGUUUCAUCUCAACUGGCAGCAUUUGAUUUCUAAGCUUAGCAACUUUAGUUUUGAGAGCAGCGUGAGCGGCCAUAUGUCUGGCUCGAAGAGCGACAACUUCGGGAGUUUCAGUAGGAGCAAUCGGCAAAUCGUUUGACAUAACACGGUACCCUUUGGAAUCGGAUACGUAUGCAACGUUGAUCUCCCUCCCUUCCGGAUUCAUGUAAGCCCAACUUCCAAUCUGAAAUCCGUUUGCAUUCCGAACAUUGUAGGCAGCCUGUCCCAGAUAAGCGUAUCCAAAGACAUUUUUCCCGUUUUCAUUCCGAGAGUAAUAUUGCACAGAUAAAGGGGUGUAGGCCGUGCUGAUGAAACAGGUUUUACUGUUUGGAACCGUGCAAGGGGCGUAGGGCACGUCUCUGUUGUAUGUAGGUUUUGUAGAAGUUUCCAGGACGACGUAUGCGAAUAAGAUAAUGGCAGUAAUCUAAGUUCAUUAAAAUGGGAAAUUAAUUUGAUUUCUAUCAUUUUUCUCGUUUUUAACAACUUACAAAGGAAUUCAUCGUGGCUGAAGUGCUGUUGAUGGAACUAGAAGGAAUAGUAGACUGAUGGCUCACUGUGCAUUGUACUAGGUUUUAUAGGUCCGGAGUUUUCGUGAUUGGGUAGUAAAUUUGUUUCGCAAGUUAAGCAUACAUGAAAGCUUGAAAGGCCAUAGAACUUGACGAUCACAAGUCGCUUCAAGCUCGUCGAUAGGGAAAAACAUAUUCUCACCUCUUACCGCUGGCAAUCAAUUCCUCCGGCUUCACCUCUCGUUUUGUUUGAGGCAAUUUGCGUGGUUAGAUUUCCUUAAACAGCUUUCUUCCUGCAUUUGUCAUUUGUUUUGAAAUUGCUGACAUGGAAUAAUCAACACUAUAGUACAUAGAAACUCGAUACAAAUUCUGUCAACAUUCUCCUGUAGGGGGUCAUGAAAUUAUUGUGUCACUGCUUCACGUUCCCAAUUAAAUCUUAGUAGUUACGUACCUGCAAAGUAGCCUUCGUAGCAAAAGGGACCUUUUCUGAUUUAACGAUAUAAUUUAAUUUUCCCCUGAAUUAAUAGAAGAUUUGUACUGGAUAUUCGAAUUAGAUUCAUAUUUGAAGCAGACAUAUGGCAUUAGAACACAUUAAACUGAUAGCUUUUCUGAAAAUUUAAGUUCAAAAAUUAUUAAAAGUCCAUUUAGAACCCAACGUUAUUUAAAAGUCCAACCUCCAAUGCGUCACUUUUGAUGUAAAUUUCGAAAAAUUUACGUAACCUUUAAUUGUGUUGCGCAUUCUUGGCACUCUCCUUCCGGAGUUGUUUUAGGAAGGGGAUUAAUAGACUGGUCCGUGCAAGGAAACAUCGAUCAAAAAGAUUGCGCAUUAUGAAAGAAGUGAAAGGGUUACAUUUCUGCUUCAUUCAUACGUGGCCAUAGGAUAAUGCGAGAAUUUACAUGCACCAUAGUUUUCACUUUACACGGAAAUCGAAGCGUGCUACCGCAAAAGGGCGUUACUGACCAUAGUAUUUUGGUGGAAUUGCACCCUAUCCGUAGCGUUGCGUAGGUACGGAUACAAAGUCUAGACGACUGUCAUUUAAGUUGAACCACAAAGAAUUUACUUCAAUUUUUCAUAAAGCUAAUGAAAUAGAAAUCAAGUAAAUAAUACCCCAAUAAUUUAAUAAAUUAAGACACAAUUUUCAGUAAUACAACAGUUGUGACCACCACUACCAGUAGGUAUAACAAACAUUCAAUGGAAUGUGGGCAGUUAAAAACAAAAUUUCUUUAAUAGAAUCAAAAUAAAGCAAAUACGUGUUCAGUAGGAAGAUUUCCAUAAGUUCAAAUCCAGGCGAGGAAUAUCCUUUCCAUAACAAGGCAGCCAUGGAUUCCUAUUUGGAUUAAAAUUCUCAGCUUAAAUUUAUUGAAUAAAAGUUAACUUGACAAUCAGUUAUACAUUGGGGAUGGAGUCCAAAACACGUUGUGAGUCAUCCAGUCGACAGUAUCAGAUGUGUCGCACAUUACCCUGGCCAAACUCAUAGACCGAAUAGAAUCCAGUUGACCUAUCAUUGCGCAAAAAUAGUAAAUUACACGAGGAAAAUUUUAAGAUUAGGAGAGUUAGAACCUGGAGUAAACGAAUGCGGUUGUUUUCCAUUUUCGUAGAAGAACCGAUCACCGUCCUUUAGCCUAGCAAAUUGAUCAGCCAUGAUGCACGAAGUUACUGGGCCGACUAUUCCGCCCUUAAUAGACCAUUCCCCGAGUACACCAACAAACAAGUCCACGUCGUCGACGCUUUUGUACAAGUAUUUGAUCUUCUCCACCACCUGCAAAUUCGAAUUUAUUAAUUACCUUUAUCUGUUAAACCACGUUCAGCGAAAUUUACCGUAGGACGCAUGAAAGCUAGCAGUUCGUCAAAAUUAGCGGCUCGUUUGCUUCCGCAAGCUUCCAAGUAGAAGUUAUAACCAGCAAUUCCGUGAUCCCUUCCACGCCACAAGUUUGCACCGAUUAAAUCCAAACCCCAGCUUUGAUA